CAGAGUUGUGUCCCUUCGUCGGUAAUUCUUCACCGCCAUACUGCCCAUAGUGACUUGCAUGUUGCCGGCUAGAACGCGAAUAACCUUUUAAACUACCUGGACUGGUGGAUUCAAUAACACAGAAUAUUUUAUAGUGUCAAGCUCGCGACUUAAUACACGUGGACAAUGAGUAUCCUCGAGUACAAUGGUGCAGCUAUCAUUGCCAUGAAGGGAAAGAACUGUGUGGCAAUUGCUGCUGACAGGAGGUUUGGAAUACAGGCUCAAACUGUUAGCACAAACUUUCAGAAAAUGUUUGAGAUGGGACCAAGACUGUACAUAGGGUUACCAGGCCUGGCAACGGAUGUGCAAACGGUUGCUCAAAAAUUACAAUUCCGUGUGAAUCUGUAUGAACUUCGUGAAAACAGGAGACUUAAACCAAAGACAUUCAUGAGUAUGGUAUCCAAUUUGUUAUAUGAAAGGAGGUUUGGUCCAUAUUUUGUUGAACCUGUUAUUGCUGGUCUUGAUGCGAAGACUAACGAACCUUACAUUGCAUCGAUGGAUCUGAUUGGCUGUCCCAUGGUGACCGAUGAAUUUGUUGUCAGUGGUACCUGCUCCGAACAAAUGUAUGGAAUGUGUGAAUCACUAUGGAAACCAGAUAUGGGACCAAAGGAACUUCUGGACACGAUAUCCCAAGCCUUACAGAGUGCUGUAGACCGAGACGCAGUGUCAGGAUGGGGCUGCAUGGUCCAUAUCAUAGAGAAAGACAAGGUUACAACGACAGAACUUAAAGGAAGGAUGGACUAGGAAUAUCAUAUGUUUUUCAUAGACAUUUCACAACUACAAUCUUUGUCUGUUCUUUACCUGUGACAUUUGACCUGUGAACAAGAAGGACUCACCCCACACCAUUCGUACAUCGGGUGUGAACUGCUUCAAAGGAUGGUUUCAUAUAGAUAUAACGAAAGGAUAGAAGACAUCAAGUUGUUAUCUGAGAUGGUUGAUGCUUCUACUUUAUCAUUUGAAACUUUUGAUAAUAAACAAUUUAGCUACUGGUUACACAUAGAAUGUCAUUAUGUAUCGAUUUCUCUCAGACUCUUGAAUAACAUCUGUUCAUUGAUUUGGUCAUACUAGCAAAAAAAAGAUUAUCUGAUGUUAAGUGUAACUAUAAGGAAUCCACUGUGAGGGUUUGUAUAUUACACACAAGUCAGACAGGAGCUGUUCCAUCUAAUAGAAAGAGAGUAGAUCAAUCCUACAUAUCUGUAUGGUUGUGUCAUUAGUUGACACAUACUUAUAACCAAGAAAUAGUGCAUCAUUUAGUGAUAUUCAAACAAAAAGUGCUAGCACAGUAACGGUGAAUGACUGUAUGUAUGGUUGGUGAACACAUGUUCAAUACAUAAGAAUGAAUCGGUGUAUGAAAAUAAAAAACUUUCAAUAAACUAA